UAGAGAUCGUGGGUUUCAAUGGGUGGAUGGGCUUAUAUUAGGUUUAAUAAUUUGUAUCCUUGGUGCAUAUAUGUUAAAACAAAUACCAGGUAGAAAAGCAGCUGAUGCAUGCAUUAUUUUAUUUCUUUCUCUUGUUGGUUUUUUCAUUGGUGAUGUUUUGUCAAAAAAUGCAUUUAAAAAAAGAUGUGUUCGAAAAAUUAAUCCACAAGCAUCACAGAAAACGAAAGCUGGUGUCUUUAUUUUUUUUUGUUUUUGUUUUCAUUUAUUGUCAUUCACUUACAGAUUACACUUGUGACUAAAUAUAGCUUAGAAUUUGAAUAGAAAAGAACAUAAAUUUAAUAUGACAGCAAUCUUGUUUACUAGAUAGAAUUAAAUCAAUGAUUCGAACUGAUUUUAAUAUUUGAAUUACCUUAAAGAUUUAGAAUGUAGAUAUAUCUAUAAAAUUCAUGUAUUUAUUGUACUAUAAACAUUUCAUAUUAAACUCUGCCUAGAGAAGAAUUAUUUUCAUAAUCAUUCAAAUUGAAUCUUCUUAGAGACGGUAUUUUUAUUUAAGAUACAUAAGCCAAUCGAAUUAGAGUGAAUAUACUAUAUAAUUAAUAUAAAUUUAACAGAUGGAUUUAUCAACAUCAUAAAUCAACCAAACAGCUGAUGGGUAAUCCUAAUAUGAAAAAAUCUUAAUUAUAAUAUCUUCAAUCAAAUCUUUGUGUACAAAUCAGCGUCGUCAUAAGCAAAACAAAAAUUAUAAUUUUUUUUCCUUUUUUCCUUUAAUUUUAGACUCAUAACUCAUUAACAACAAAUUCAAUUAAUGUUAUGUAUGAAAAUGAGCAAUUAAUAUUAACAAAUCAUGAACUUGUAGAAUUAUUUACAGAAGAUUUAGAAAGUCAUUUUGAUAAAGUAACAGAUGAAAUUGAUGCAAUAACAAUAAUAUUUUCAACACAAUUAAAAUUAAAACAAAUUUGUCGAAAUCGAAUACGUAAACAUCUUUAUUCUUCUCAAAUAGGUGAUCUUAAUCGACAAACAUUUCAACACUAUUAA